AUGGAUAUUCAUGUUCUUCAAAGCCUGCCCGCCCAGAAGGUCGCGUUUAAAGACUCUUCCACGGUUCGUGUGGGUAAUAAACUUGUUCGCAAUAAGCCACCCACUCAGCCCUCUGCUAUGCGACCCAAGCAUUUGGUCCGCGGCGGGUUCCAGCAGCGCCUUCCGACUUCGCUGCCGCCCCCAGGGCAGCAGCAGCAGCCGUCGCCGCUACCACGCCGACAGCCCGUCCCGUUGAUGCCUCCCGCGCAGCUUCGUCCGGGAGCGCCCCAGGUGGUCGCUCCGGCGCCUGCGGUCCCUCUUCAGUCGCCACCGCCUUCGAAGCUGAUGGACGUUGACCCCUCAGCCGGGCCGCCUUCCCAAGCGGUGGCUGUGCAGCCUGUCCUGCAGCCGCUUUCUUUGGGCACCCCCAAGGAGUCUGACACCGCAGCGCCUUGUCCGGCGCCCACUCAGCAGCCGUCGACGCAGCGUCAGGAGACGCUGCCUCUCUUCGUGGGUCCCGACGCCCCGUUGCGUCCAGAACUUGAGUACGACCUGCGUCACAGUGGAGCUUGA